AUGACUACCGUAAAUAUAGAGCCGAUUAUAACCCAUACAUUACUGGCGUCUAAAUUGACGUUAAGGUUCCAAAAUGAGGAAAACAAUGCCAACAAUGAGAUAAAUAUAUUAAUAAAUUGUGGUUGGUCCUUGGAUUUUGACGAAGGUGAUUUAGAAGCAUACAAAAAAACACUGGAUAACGUCGAUCUUAUAUUGAUAACUGACGGAGAUUUUGAACAUGUUGGAGCUAUUUUGUGGCUAUUAUCUACACUUAGGGACCAAAAAUCUACUAAACACCAUAUAGCUAAUCAUCCGACAAUCCUUUCCACGGAAGCUUCCUAUAAGUUUGCUAGAGCGGCGUUGAUCGAUGUUUUAGAGAAUGUUACAUUCACAAACAAUUUUAAAUACUAUGAGGUUAAAGAUUUGGAUGCUUUUCAUACACAAUGCUCAAAAUUGAGAUACAAGGAAACACAUUGUUACUCUAAAUCUUUUAAUAACACAAAUGUUAAGAUAUCAUGUCGUCCUAUAAACAAUGGUUGUUCUAUUGGUGGUGCACUGUGGGUUAUUGACGUCGGAUUUAGUUCUAUAAUUUGUGGAGAUGACUUUAGGAUGUAUAGUUCUGUACUUCUUAAUCCAAUUGAUUUGGACCAUAUAGCGAGACCUGAUGUACUUAUUAUAAAUCACGAAAGUAGUAAAGUUAGGGAGGAAGAAAAAACUAACUAUAAGGGUCGUGAAAAAAUUUAUCAGUUUCAUGACCUUGACCUUCUAAUAAACAAAAUGGUUGGGACCUUGAACGAUGGUGGGAGCGUAUUAAUACCGUCAAAUAUAGACCAUACACUUAUAAAUUUGUUGGUGACCUUGAAUUUUGUCUGGGCGACCGCGGAUCUAUCGCAUUACAAAAUUGUUCUUGUCUCACCUGUAGCAGAUAAAAUACUGUUACUGGUUGGAACAUGUUUAGAAUAUAUGAAAUCAAAUUUAUAUCAUAAUUUUAUUAAAACAUUGUGGAAUCCACUUCAAAAUAUAAAUCAUAUUACCCCCUUAACAUCGCUAAAUCUCUUAUCAAAAUAUCAAUAUGCUCCAACGAUAUUCAUAUCAACCUGUAAUUCUAUACAUUUUGGAUUCACAAGUUUCCUCUUUGUUUCGCUGGCUUCAUAUCAUAAGAAUCUUAUCAUUUUAUCUAAGCCUAUUGAUGGUAUAUUGAAGUAUGUCCCUAAUGCGGAUGUAGAUGGUAUGGAUAGAGUUACUGAUUCUGUAGAAAAGUCUCCUUUUGUUCUUCAAUUGAACUUACAAUCAAAUAUCUCUGACUCUUUAAACGUUAAAAAUGUAUCUAGAACUGAAACUAUGGUAAUUGAGGAUAUUAAAGCUAUUUUGACGGAGAACAAACCUACUAAUAUUCACAGUUUUUCCAACAUAAAUGGAAAACCAACAUUUGUAAAUCCCCAGAAUAUACAGUCUGUUAGUCUGAAAUAUGCAGACAAAAGAGAUGAAAAUUAUGGACUUCCGUUUUCUGACUCAGUUACUAAUAUAAAUAUGAACCCUUACAAUAGAUUAGAUACAAAUGCGGCAAACGAUACUACCCAAAGUUCUACAACAGAAUUCAGCCAAAAAGAUUAUCUCAAAUAUGUAUCAGUGAUGGAUGAUUAUUAUAGGAAAUAUCUAGAAAUAAAGACCAAGGAUUCAUCAUUGUUUGAUAUAGAAGAUGAGUUUACCGGUGUUCAUAAGCCUAAGACAAAAGAUAAGCCUCAAAUUAUUGUUAAAACAUUUCCAUUUGUUUUAAAAUGCCCAGUAUUUUUAACAUCAUGUUUUAAUAUUCUGCCUAAUGAUCUACAGUUGCCAUCACUGUUACAUCAUAUAUUACCAAGGAACGUAAUCCUAUUUCCUAAAAGGACUAUUCAUGGCAAAAGUUUAAAAAUAGAAACAUAUAUAUCAAAAUUUCAACAUCAUACUUUACUCCAUUCCUUUGCUAAGGGACAGACCAGUACUGAGAUUGAGAACACAAAGUCACAAAUUUCCGCAAGUAGCAGUGGAAUUCUAUCGUUAUAUAUAGAUACUUUUAAUUUUCCUGUUCAACUUGAUGAUGGUAUAAUAGUAUUGUUACGUAAGAUUAUGGAUUCAUCACGAUUUGGGAAUCUGGAAAGACCAACAAAAAAUUCAAGGUACGAGAAAAUAGGUUUCGUCAUAAAAUCUAUCAAUUCGUGGAAAGUAAGGCACAAUCAGCAAUUUAUUUGUCAAGUGCUUGGAAAGUUUGAACAAAUAGAGAAUUUAUCGCAUGAAGCAACAUUUAACACAAUUUCUAAUUCAUUGUGUUCCAGAACAUUUUGGUCCGAAAAGAUGGAUUCACCACCUAAAAUGAAGUUAAAUACUGACAUUGAGGAAUUUACUGACGUAAAUAAUAAUGCGAAAAUGGGAUUGUGCAAGACACAGCUAGUUGGUGAUAUAAAUAUUUCAACAUACACAUCAUUCAUGGAUGACUGUAUCCCAAAUUAUAUAAGCGUAUACUCAGGAAUAACUAAUGUAAAUCAGAAAGUAAAGGUUACAAAGAGCACGUUGAGCUAUGGUAGGAAGGGAUGGACUAUGGAAGGCACGCUGGAUCCAUCAUACUAUUUGGCGAGGAAGAUAUUGUACAAACUACACAGCAAAAUUGAACCAAUAUAUUAG